AUGCCAGAUUAUUUGGGUUCUGACCAACGUAAAACGAAAGAUCAGAAAGAUGAUGAAAAACCUAUUAAGGCUCUUGAUGAAGGCGAUAUAGCCUUGUUGAAAACAUACAGUUCGGCUGCAUACAGCAAAGAAAUAAAACAAUGUGAGGAAGAUAUACAGACUUACAUGAAACGAGUAAAUGAGCUGACAGGUCUAAAAGAGUCGGACACCGGCUUAGCUCCUCCUGCCCUUUGGGAUUUAGCUGCUGACAAAACUUGUUUAUCAAAUGAACACCCACUGCAGGUUGCUCGGUGUACAAAGAUAAUAAACUCUGAUACCGAGGAACCGAAGUAUAUCAUUAACGUCAAACAGUUUGCUAAAUUUGUUGUUGAUCUGGCCGACUCAGUAGCUCCAACUGACAUUGAAGAAGGAAUGCGUGUUGGAGUCGACCGAACAAAAUACCAAAUUCACAUUCCGCUACCUCCAAAAAUCGAUCCAAGCGUAACUAUGAUGCAGGUGGAGGACAAACCGGAUGUCACGUAUAGUGACGUUGGUGGGUGUAAAGAACAAAUCGAGAAGUUAAGGGAAGUCGUUGAACUACCACUACUCCAUCCUGAAAAAUUUGUCAAUCUUGGCAUCGAACCUCCUAAAGGUGUAUUACUUUUUGGACCUCCUGGGACAGGUAAAACAUUGUGUGCUCGAGCAGUUGCUAACCGUACCGAUGCCUGUUUUAUUCGCGUCAUUGGAUCUGAAUUAGUUCAGAAGUAUGUAGGUGAAGGUGCGCGCAUGGUUAGAGAAUUGUUCGAGUUGGCUAGAUCAAAAAAAGCAUGUAUCAUAUUUUUCGAUGAAAUAGACGCUGUUGGCGGUGCUCGUUUCGAUGAUGGACUGGGAGGUGAAAAUGAGGUUCAGAGAACUAUGCUUGAACUAAUUAAUCAGUUAGAUGGUUUUGAUCCAAGAGGCAACAUAAAAGUACUCAUGGCCACUAACCGACCUGAUACUCUCGAUCCUGCUCUUGUUAGACCUGGCCGUUUGGAUCGAAAAGUUGAAUUCGGUCUACCUGAUCUUGAAGGUCGGACUCAUAUAUUUAAAAUACAUGCCCGUUCCAUGUCCGUUGAGAAAGAUAUUCGUUACGAGCUUCUUGCUCGUCUUUGUCCUAAUAGUACUGGCGCAGAGAUUCGUAGCGUUUGUACUGAAGCUGGAAUGUAUGCUAUUAGAUCAAGACGGAAAAUGGCUACUGAGAAAGAUUUUCUAGAAGCUGUGAACAAAGUUAUCAAGUCGUAUGCUAAGUUCAGUGCAACUCCACGAUACAUGACGUACAACUAA